AUGGCCAAAGAGUUCCAAUUCAUUUGGAAGCCUAACAUUCCCGAUGCUCUGCUCAGUGGUUGUUUGUUCGAUAAAUAUGACGAUGAGAGUAUUUGUGUAGAAUCUGACACUUUUCUCCGUGUUGAUGAAUUCGGAUUUUUUGUGUAUUGGACGUCAGAAGAGAGAAAAGAUACAUCUGUGCUUGAUCUUGUCCAAGUAUGGGAAGCAAGGCGUGGAACAUAUCCCAAAGAUGGGCGAAUAAUGUUUGAGUUGGAACAACAUGGACCACGUGAAACUAUUGAAGAACGAACAGUAUGGCUUACAUAUGGUCCUGAUUUGGUUAAUAUAAGUAAUUAUUAUUUGGUAGCUGAAACUACUGAAAUAGCUAAAGUAAGUAUUUUUUGAGU